CUCGCCGUCUCUGUCGUGUUCAUCGUGCAUCCCACAACUUCCUUGAUAGUUUCAUUCCGUAAACAUUCAGAGGCGACUGCAGAAACAAAUAUUUUAGCUAAGAAAGUUGCAUUUUUUGCUUGUUCUCAAGGAAACUGAAUACAAACUGCUAAUUGUAUUCCUUUCCAGCUGAUCGAAGCAAUCUAGGCAUGACACUGGAAAUAUGCAAUUUCAGGUCAAAGUUUGCUAAGACUUUCUUUUCCAUCACAAGUAAUCAAAUGCUUCAUCAAGUUCGUCACAAAAAGUUCCAUUAGUGUCCAUUAAGGGAACUCAAGAGUGAAGAUACAGAACCAGGGCAGGGUGACCAAAUAAAAUUGCUUGUGGUAGAUCAUUGCUGACCCAAUUUCCUUUUAAAAUAUACAGGUACUAAUUAACAUGAUAGAUCAUAAAAUAAGUCAACUCUCACUGUGGGCCCAAAAUUGAUCAGGCCACUUAUGUCGGUGAGGAAGUUGAUUUGCAUCGAGUGCUCUACAUGACUUGUUUAGUUCAUAGAGGGGUACUGCUCUACAUGACAACCUCCGACAACCGGGAUAAUUCUAAACUAUCUAAUCCAAGCUCGCCUGAUUGCUGGACCUGAUUUUUACUCAUUAAUGAUAGGUCUCAGUUGAAUAACAUAUGGUCAGCUCCAAGGACAGUUUGGUUUUCGGGCAGAAAAUUUCAUGAUUGUCUGCUAAAACUUCAGUAACUGGAUUCAGAACAAGGACCAAUGGUGUUGGAAUUGGCACAAUGCCAUGAACCUCGUCAAACCCUGAUGCCAACGACCAUCAGAGUUUUUGUUUCCAGUGUACUUUAUGUUUGCUUUUUCAGGACUUGAAUGCCACUAAGUCUCCACUCCUCCCCAUAUCCAAUUCUUUAAUCUGAUGCACGGAUGCUUGUCUUUGCUGAAUUUUCAGACAAGCUCUAAAUUCCAUGUCUCCCCCACCUCAUUUCUCUCUGAGAUCACCUCUCCUUCCAUUGUCCAUACCAAAAGAUCACACGAUCUGCAGAGAUCUCCAUGUCCAGUUCAAGUACUAAGAAACCUGCCAUGCUUGGAGUUGAAAGAUUGCUACUCCUCUUCAUGCUGUCCAUUCCAAUCUCCCAAGCUUGGUCCAUUGAUUACCCUAGCCCCAUUGCCAACCUUCCUUCUCUUUGGACCAACAAUGAAGCUACUAUCCCCUACAAUACAACCUACGAUGAUGGUUCCACGAUCAGAGCCAUUCUUGUCAGGCAGAAGCCUGCCGGGUUUGGUCCAUCCUUCGGCUGCGGCUUCAUCUGCACUGCUCCCUGCAAUGUCUUCCUCUUUGCAGUUUUCUUCAUGUCCAUUGGUGAUGCAAGCAAUUCUGCCUUCAAUGCAACAGCCACGCCAAGGGUCGUGUGGACAGCUAACAGAUACCGUCCUGUGAAGGAGAAUGCAUCAGUGCAGUUUACCAAGGAUGGAAAUCUCAUUCUCAGAGACUUCGAUGGUUCGUUAGUCUGGUCCACGAAUACAACAGGAAGCCCUGUUGUCGGCAUGAAUCUUGCUGAGACUGGGAAUCUGAUUCUCUUCAACGUGAUGGGGAAGACGUUAUGGGAAUCAUUUGUGCACCCAACUGACACACUCCUCAUUGGACAGUCAUUGUGGCAAGGGAAGAGGCUUAGCUCCACUUCCUCGGUGACAAAUAGUACUCAAGGUCAGUUUUACCUCACCGUGCUCGACAAUGGCCUCUAUGCUUUCAUUAAUGCAGAUCCUCCACAGCUCUAUUAUCAGAAAAACUUUAAUAUUACUGGUGCAAUAGUUCAAUCAAAGACGAACAUAUCCUCUGAUCAAGUGAAGAAUAGUACGGCUUACAUUUCCUUCUUACAAGGGAGCUUAUCAGCAUUUCUCAGGUUCAACAGCACAGAUAUCAAGUUAUUCGAUAUCUCGCUGCCUUUGCCAUCAUCGACACAAUUCAUGAGCCUUGAGGAUGAUGGGCACCUGAGAGUUUAUGGAUGGAACGGUAUUUCAUGGAAAACUCUUGCUGAUGUUCUGCAUGUGUAUCCUGAUGAAUGUGCAUACCCUACAGUAUGUGGAGAAUAUGGAAUCUGUUCACAAGGACAAUGCAGUUGCCCAAGUGGAAAUAUUGAUGAUGACCUUUUCCAUCAGUUGGAUGACCGGCAACCUAACCUGGGCUGCUCCCUAGCAACCCCUCUGUCCUGUGACAUGAUCCAAUAUCAUAAGCUUAUAGCACUGCCAAAUGUCACGUACUUCAAUUUUGCAUAUAAUUGGACAACAGAUGAAGAAAGCUGCAAGGAGGCAUGCUUGAAGACCUGUUCAUGCAAGGCAGUCUUUUUCCGGCAUCAAAAUGUCUCUAAUGGUUCCUGCUUUCUAGUGCCAAAGAUUUUCUCACUCAUGAAUUACCAGCCAGAAGUAGUUGGAUAUAAUUUAUCUGCAUAUGUCAAGGUGCAGAUGUUACCACCAUCAUCAAGUAAGAAAAUAAAUCCAACUGCUUACCACAUCGGUGUUCCUGUUCUAGUUGCAGUCGUCUGCCUACUCAUUCUCAUGAUCAGAAGAAUAAUAGUGAAGAGGAUGGAAGAGGAUGAUCCAUUUAAAGGAGUGGCUGGGAUGCCUACACGGUUCUCCUACAAACAGCUGAGAGAAGCAACUAAUAACUUCAGCAAAAAGCUGGGACAAGGAGGAUUCGGGCCAGUAUAUGAGGGAAAACUUGGAAAUGUCAAGAUUGCUGUCAAAUGCUUGCGUGACAUUGGCCAUGGAAAGGAAGAAUUCAUGGCCGAAGUCAUCACCAUUGGUAGCAUCCAUCAUAUUAAUCUUGUCAGAUUGAUUGGGUACUGCUCCGACAAAUUCCACAGGCUCCUUGUGUAUGAGCAUAUGAGCAACGGGUCUCUGGAUAAAUGGAUCGUCAGAAAGAACCAAAGUGGUUCACUCAGUUGGGCAACUCGAUAUAAAAUUAUCCUAGACAUUGCAAAGGGCUUGGCCUACCUUCAUGAAGAAUGCCGCCAGAAGAUUGCUCACCUUGAUAUCAAGCCGGGAAAUAUCCUCCUUGAUGAGAAGUUCAAUGCAAAGAUCUCCGACUUCGGUUUAGCAAAGCUGAUUGAUAGGGACCAAAGCCAUGUGAUGACCAAAAUCAGGGGAACAAGGGGUUAUCUAGCACCAGAAUGGCUGUCAUCAACAAUUACUGAGAAGGCUGAUAUUUACAGCUUUGGUGUAGUUGUGCUGGAAAUAGUGAGUGGAAGGAGAAACCUGGAAAACAAUCAGCCUGAAGGAAGCAAUAAUCUAAUUAAUAUACUGCAAGAGAAAAUCAAGAUCGGGCAAGUUCUGGAUAUAGUCAGCAAUCAGGAUGAAGAUAUCCAGUUACAUGGAUCUGAAAUGACAGAAGUAAUCAAGCUAGCUAUCUGGUGCUUGCAGCGCGACUGCGGUAAACGACCAGCCAUGUCGCAGGUUGUGAAGGUCUUGGAAGGUAAUAUGGAAACAGAAAGCACUUCAGGCUAUGCAGCAACAGCCAGAGAUGAUAUCUGUGAUGCUUCAUCCCCUUUGUCCCCAGUGCCGGUGUCUGCAAGAUGAUAUGCUAUAGGGAAAGUAGGAAAACAAGGCCACUUGUAAUUUAGUCGCAAUUAUCGUGUGCAGUGCUUCUGUAAAUUUAUCUCCUAACAUUUUCAAUGUGUGAAUGGAAUGUGAAGUUUUAUGCAUUCACAAUCUUCCAAAAAGCAUAAAAGAAGAGCAUAGAAAGUUCCAACUUAACUUUUUUUUGUGCUUCAAUAAGCAUAACAUAUCAAUGGAGUAGUGUCGUUUUCUGCAAAACAUCAUGCCAAAUGAGCCCCAAAAACUGCUUCAUGGAUAGCGGCUGCAAUUCAGUAAACAGCGCAAACUGCACACACUUUUGAAAUCAUGUGCUAUCAUUUUUUUAAAAAACUUUUUGACUAGUGUUUGAGGUGAGAUUGUAUGGUAGCUAAACGAGCAGACAUGUGACAAGGGCUCUGACAGACAAUGAUGAUGAAUGGUGAUGGUAUGUCCCAGAACAUUGGUGGCUUGGUGGGUUAUGUAGAAGCAUGCCAUUUGUCUUAUGUUCGGCUAGUGUUUGUGCAAAAAGUGCGAGACCAGGUCAUUCGUUGUGUGGCAUUGCAACAUUUGAUCAUCCUAUUGUCUUCAAACAACUGCAGUCCUGAAUGUGAUGAUAUCUAUGCUAGGGGUGGUAAAGGGCCCUUUAAUUUAGCCUAGCAAAUUUAAAGCUCAGACUCAAUAAGGGCUGGGCCAUAAUAUUAUAUGACCUUGAACUAAAAAUAGAUAGAGCUGAAUUGAAUUGUGAAGGAGGUAUGCUGGCCAUGAUCCAUUACCACCCCUAAUGCUAGUUAUUACUAGAGAAAAAGAGGGGCACGAAUCAACCAACACGGCUAGCUAGCAAAGCAUA